AUGGCCACCGUCCUCCCUCCCCCCUCCAAGCGACAGAAGCGAGACGAUGCUGCCCGUGCCCGCGACCCUGUCGAACAGCCCACCAUCCCCGAAGGCCUCCAGCGAAUACAAUUCCGCGAUGCAGAUACCGGCGCAGCACAAGGUCCAGUGGUCAGCGUAUCGUUAGCGGACUUGCGAUCGCAAAACUUGUCACUCUUGCUCAACAGUCUGCUCGGAAAGACAGAUCCAGCCGAUCGAUUACCUUACCGAUUCUACAACCCACUCGGCGAUGGCGAGUUCAACCAAGAGCAGAUCAUCAAGGCAUAUGUGGAUGGCACGACGACGACCGAGUUGCAACUGAACAUUCCAUGUCGUGCGGAGGCGGUGUUCAAGGUCAAGGCCGUGACGAGGUGCUCGGCGAGUGUAUCUGGGCAUGGCGAGUCGAUCCUGUCUGCCCAGUUCUCUCCUGCGACUUCGUCUCGACUGGCGACUGGGAGCGGUGAUAAGACGGCACGGAUAUGGGAUUGCGAUACAGGCACACCCUUACAUACCUUGAAAGGGCACACAGGGUGGGUUCUGGCAGUGGCAUGGUCACCGGAUGAUGGGGUGCUGGCGACAGGCAGUAUGGACAACACCGUGAGAUUAUGGGACCCAGAGAAAGGCACGCCGCUGGGUGGAGCGUUGAAAGGUCACACGAAGUGGAUCACGAGUAUAUGCUGGGAGCCGUACCAUCUACGAGAACCUGGUCGACCACGUCUGGCAUCUGCAUCGAAGGAUUAUACCGUGCGAAUAUGGGAUGCCGUGAGUGGUCACACAGAUAUGGCUCUCACAGGCCACAAAGGCUCGGUUACAACUGUGAAGUGGGGAGGUGCUGGAAACAUUUACACGGCGUCGCAGGAUCGGACAGUGAAGAUAUGGACAUCGGCAACGGGCACGCUUCUACACACACUUACAGCACAUGCACACUGGGUGAAUCAUCUUGCGCUUUCUACGGAUCACGUCCUGCGGACAGCAUACCAUGAUCAUCAAGGCCGUAAGGCAGUUCCAGACACCGUGGACGCGAAGCGCAAGAAAGCGAAAGAGCGAUACGAUGCUGCACUUGCGCCGGCGGGAGGGGUGGAAAGACUCGUAAGCGCCAGCGAUGAUUGCACAAUGUACCUCUGGGAGCCAUCGAACAGCAACAAACCAUUACAACGGAUGGUCGGUCAUCAAAAGCAGGUGAACCACGUCACGUUCAGUCCCGACGGCGCAACGAUAGCGAGCGCUGGAUUCGACAAUCAUGUCAAAUUGUGGAAUGCGAAGGAUGGGAAGUUCAUCAGUACGUUGCGAGGACAUGUAGGACCAGUGUACCAGUGUGCUUUCUCGCCAGACAGUCGGUUGCUGGUGAGCGCGUCGAAGGACACUACACUCAAAGCCUGGGACGUACGGACAGGCAAGCUCGCGGAGAAUCUGCCCGGCCAUCAGGAUGAAGUCUUCGCGGUCGACUGGGCGCCUGACGGCCAGCGGGUGGGUAGUGGUGGACAGGAUAAAGCUGUGAGGAUAUGGCGGAAUUGA